CAAAGAUUAAUUGUGAUUCACAUUCACUUUGGUAGCUUCACAAAAUGCUAUCAGAUACCCAGUGGUCAUGGUGGUCGGAACUAAUUACCAGCAAGAAAGACGAGUUCACAUUCCAAGUCCUCACCCUUUCAGUCAUUUCGUUAAUGGCGAUUUUAUGGUACAGAUCACGGAAGACAUUAUCCACGUUGCCUCCCGGACCUCGUGGUUUUCCGGUGGUGGGGUAUCUUCCAUUUCUUGGCGCCAACUUCCACCAUGAGUUCACCAAAUUGGCCCAACGUUAUGGCCCCAUUUUCAAAAUCCAACUCGGAAGUAAGACCUACAUCAUUCUCAGCUCCUCAGACCUAGCUAAAGCUGUGCUCCAUGAGCAAGACGAUAUCUUUGCUAACCGCGAUCCUCCGGUGGCUGGGCUGGUCGUCUCCUAUGGUGGCAAAGAUAUAGUCUGGUCUAACAACAACUCAUAUUGGCGUAACCUGCGUAAAGUGUUUGUGCACGAAGUCCUGAGCAACAAGAACCUGGAAGCAACUCAAUCUUUCCGGCGAGGUGGAGUGAGAAAAACCAUCAAGCAGGUGUAUGAAACAAUGGGGACGGAAGUGGACAUUGGUGGGAUCGUGUUCUUCACAUCCCUCGGCGUCAUAACCAGCAUGAUAUGGGGGAAAAGUUUGGUUGAAGAUGAAAAGAACAGUGAUGUUGGGGUUGGAUUGCGAGAAGUGAUUUCAAAGAUAGUGCAACUUUUGGGUGCGCCAAAUGUGUCGGACUUUUUUCCGAUGUUGACGAAAUUCGAUUUACAGGGGGUGCAGCGAGAAAUGAAACGACAAUGGAAGACGAUGGAUAGGAUUUUGGAGAGGAUAAUCGAGGAGCGACUCUCCAUUAAAAAGGAUGAAGCUGGAAGAAAGGAUUUCUUGCAGAUUUUACUAGAGCUUAAACAACAAAAUACUGCAUCGGCUUUCACUAUGACAGAAAUCAAAGCUCUUCUCAUGGACAUCGUAGUUGGAGGAACAGACACAACAUCAACAAUGGCAGAAUGGACAAUGGCAGAGCUUCUGCAAAAUCCCGAUGAAAUGAAAAAGGUUCAAGAAGAAUUAGAACAAGUUAUAGGGAAAAACAACAUUGUGGAAGAAUCUCAUCUUCCAAAAUUACGUUAUUUAGAUGCAGUGAUUAAAGAAACAUUCCGGUUACACCCUCCACUUCCUCUCUUGAUUAUGCGAAGUCCAAAAUUACAUUACAUAUAUUCAGCCAUUAAGGUAGGUGGAUACACAAUUCCUAAGGGUUCCAAUGUCUAUUUAAAUGUCUGGGCAAUACAUAGGGAUCCUCAGUAUUGGGAAAAUCCUCUAGAAUUCGAUCCUAAUAGAUUUUUAAUGGCUGAUGGAAGAAACAAAUAUGAUUAUAGCGGAUACAAUACCAACUUUCUCCCAUUUGGAUCUGGUAGAAGAGGGUGUCCUGGAGUUCCCUUGGGUGAGAAGAUGUUGCUUUACCUUUUGGCUUCAUUGUUGCACUCAUUCAAUUGGAUUUUACCAAAUAAUAAAGAACAUGAGUUGUCUGAUAAAUUUGGGCUUGUUGUGAAGAAGAGAAACCCACUCAUGGCUAUCCCUUCUCAAAGGUUACCAGAUAAAAAUCUCUACAUGUAGUAGAGAGUAGAGACUAGAGGCCAUCAUUUGCAUUCCUAAUAAUUUCUUAAGGGGCUUCUUGAGAAAAGCAACCAAUGUACUUAAUUUUGUCAACUCUUGUUCAAAUUUUAGUAAAAAC